CCGGUAACUCUCCAGCUGGCACCAUGGCAACAAUUACAUCUCUCCGGGUUCUGUGCUGCGCUGUGAGAGCCCAGGUUCGGGCGAUCCACUGUACCCCGUGCAGGAAUGAGGCAGUCGUCAUCUCUGGCAGAAAGCUGGCAAGGCAAAUCCGGCAAGAGGCCCGGCACGAUGUGGAACAGUGGGUGGCAGCCGGCAACAAGAGGCCACACCUCAGUGUCAUUCUUGUUGGAGACGACCCUGCGAGCCAUUCCUACGUGUUAAACAAGACAAAAGCCGCUGCAGACGUGGGUAUCAGCAGUGAAACCAUAAUCAAGCCAACAUCCAUCACAGAAGAGGAGCUCUUGGACCUCAUCAACAAGCUUAAUGACGACGAUCAUGUCGAUGGGCUCCUUGUGCAGCUGCCUCUCCCAGAACACUUAGAUGAGAGGAAUAUCUGCAACGCUGUUACUCCAGACAAAGAUGUUGAUGGUUUCCAUGUGGUGAACGUGGGCCGAAUGUGCCUGGACCAGUACUCCAUGCUGCCGGCCACCCCUUGGGGAGUGUGGGAGAUCAUUAAAAGAACAGGAAUUCCCACUCUUGGUAAAAACGUGGUAGUAGCUGGAAGAUCUAAAAAUGUUGGGAUGCCCAUUGCAAUGCUGCUGCACACAGAUGGACGGCAUGAGCGUCCUGGAGGUGAUGCAACAGUGACAAUAUCUCACCGCUACACUCCUAAGGAACAGCUGAAGAUGCACACCAAACUUGCCGAUAUUGUUGUUGCAGCUGCAGGCAUCCCUAACCUCAUCACGGCUGACAUGAUAAAGGAAGGCGCUGCAGUCAUCGAUGUUGGCAUUAACCGCGUGCAGGAUCCAGUCACCGGCAAACCAAAACUUGUUGGUGAUGUGGAUUUUGAAGGUGUAAGAAAGAAAGCAAGUUACAUCACUCCAGUGCCAGGGGGGGUGGGACCUAUGACUGUUGCCAUGCUAAUGAAGAACACAAUCAUUGCUGCAAAGAAAAUGUUGAAACCCACAGAGCUCCAAGCCGUUGCCAUGUAACAUCCGCUCCAUGAUUUCAAUAGGACUUUACAUUCCAAACCCAACUUCAUGAACAGGCCGAAGAAAAAAAAAUGCAAUAUUUUUAUUUAUUGUAGAGAAGCCCCUGGUUUAGGGGAGUGACGUUAUUUAUUUGAAUACAGAGUUCUUGGUUGGCAUGUGUAGUAGAAAGAAGGCUUUGAUGGAUGCUUGUAGUCCUUUCUUCUCUCACUCCUCAUGUGCAGUUAGAGGCCACUGUUACAAGUUGCUGUUACAGAUAAUACUUUGAGGCCAAAGAGAGAGCUGCACUCUGCACCUAUGAUGUUUAAUGCUGCCUUCUGUGCUGCAGUGGGGGAACACAUAAUAUGCUGCAGUUCCUGUCACUUUAACAUCAUAGGGCACUGACCAUUACAUAUCAAGCUGACUAAGCCUCUUGCUGGCUGUAAAUCUGAGCUGCCACCUUCUAUGGGAGACCCCUUGAAUUCUUACGGAAAUGUUUAUCGUGGAAUUUGUGUUGUCAACCUUAGACAAUGCAAAUUGGCCAGAUUGCCUUCAGAUUGAUGGCUAGACACAGAAGAACAUGAAGACAGUCCUACCUACCAAGUUACCAUUGUAUGAGCUAUUUUCAUGGUCAGCGACUCAGGUUUGCAGGUUAAUGAGGGCUCUAGGGUGUAUUUUAAAAACCUGUACAAUCAUAAUUGUUGAUUUUUACUUGUUUUUAUGCUGCGUAUGGUAUGCUUUGAAUGGAGAAUGUUGCAGCGAAUUCUAGUUUUUGGAAUGCUGUGGGCGCUGGAAGAAGAGUUUAAAAGAUUCUGAAGGAAGUGGAUUCCUCCAGUACACACACACACCUGCUUUUUCAUUGGUUUCAUGGCAUGAAUGAGAUGUAGGUACCAUUCUGGUAUUCAUUAAACUCUUAUUCAGUC